AUGGCACUAGUAGAUUAUUCAGAUUCCGACGCCUCGGAUACUGAGCAGCUCUCCACUGCUAAGCCAACUACAGCGAAACCAAGUUUUCAGAAAGUCGUCGACCGCUCGAACCCAGGAAAGAUUCGAGUGUCAUUGCCACAAGCUACCGCGAAAGAGGACAGACCCAGCGAUGAACCUCCAGCCAAACGGACAAAGCUUGGAGGUGGUGCUUUCAGUGGAUUCAACUCCUUCUUACCAGCUCCGAAGCGUACGAAUGUGACAAAUACGACGACCACUGGCGGUACGACAAAGCAGGUUGGGUUAGGAGCAGGUGUAAACUUGAAGACUGGCUCUGCCCCUGGUUUCAGUAGAGAGCCGGAGCCAGAGAGGGAAUACACAGAAACCGAGGAUGGGGGAUCCGCUUUCGAAGGAUCGGGGUUGAACCUGCCAGCACCCAAAGGCGCAGACAACUUGGACCAGAAGCCAGCUGGGGAGGUGAAACUGGUCGGCAAGCCUCUGAUGUUCAAGCCUCUCUUUGUCUCGAGGAAGCCAACGAAGAAAAAGAAGCAGUCUGUCACACCAAAUUCUAUAACAACGUCCACUGCAGCCCCUGUAACUCCUGAUUCGAAGGCGGAGAAACCUGCACAAAGGCCGAAGGUGUCGUUAUUUUCCAUGUCCACCGAAUCGGAGACGCUUCCGUUGCCUUCGUCAACUGGAGAAUAUCAGCCGAUAAUCUAUGAGCCCAUCGAGAACAGAGAAGCAAGCGAUGAACCAGAAGACAACUCCUUCGAGAUCGAACCAUCAUAUGAAAACUAUACGCCGAAUACGACACGCACUGCUCCACCAGCGGUCCCUACACCACCAGUCUCUCAGUCUCUUGACGAUAUUGCUGGUGACUUAAAUCUCACUGAAUCACAGAAACGUCAACUUUUUGGCAGACAGAAGGGUGGACGAAUGCAAUCGGCUACGAAAGUCAUCAAUUUUAAUACGGAUCAGGAGUAUCUGCAUAACGAAGAGCUGCGAGCUGCUGGCGAACAAGUUAUGCACAACCCGGUCAGAUCCAUUGCUCCUGGCAAGCAUAGCUUAAAGCAACUUGUGAAUGCUGCCCAAACUCAGAAAGAUGCCCUUGAAGAGAGCUUUGCAAAGGGAAAGAGUAACAGGGCUGAAGCUAGCAGCAGAUAUGGAUGGUAG